GAGGGAGGAGAGCGCGGCCACGUUACACCCCUCCCUUCCUGCAAAUCCCCGCUUGCACUGCAAACAAUCUGCCUUCCCCAUUGCAUCCAAGGGAGAUAGCAACAGCAACAUCAUCACGGCAAGCCGGAUGGGAGAGAGGAGAGGAGGCUGCUGCUGAGGGAGAAAGGCACACAGGCACACACCAGCUCGAUGUUGCCAAAGCGGUAGGAGCCGCAUGAAGAAUAAACCAUGCUGCCCCGUGUGUCUGGCGCAUUGUGCUCCAUCCGAGCCUUUUAGCAGGAAGAAGAGAAUUAUCUGCUACGAUUUUUUUUUUUUUUUUUCCUGCCAGCGAGAGUGCGACAGACUUGCGAUGGUUGAAUGUCAAUGCCUGUGAGAGAGAACAACAGUCAGAGGAGGAGGAGGACAGAAGGGGAGGAAAAUGAAGGUGGGGACGGUUGUGGAGAGAAAGAAGGAGCCUCGUCCAAUGCAUCAAAAGGAGGUCCCUGCAAUUGCUGAUAGAGCCCUGGCCGCCUCGCCAUCCACAAUGGUCUGUACAAGCUGCCAGUGCGUUUGAUGACGUUCCUGUUUUGUGAAAGAAGGAAAGGAAACGUGACCAUGUAAGAUCCACGUUUCCCCGGUCAAUUACAUGCGAAGAAUAGAUCCAAUUUCGACGGGGUUUUUUUGGUCCAGGAUGGUAACAGUUUAGGGAAUAAUACAGCCGCCUUCCCUCACCAAUUUCGCUCUGAUUUUUUUGGUGUGGUCCAGACAGCUGCUGGAAUAGAGAAGGACUUUUAAUAUAUACAAUGAAAUAUUUUAAAGGCAACGCUAAAAUCUGAAGCCACCUGGGAGUACAGUGUUGGAAACGUAGGGUGUUUUCCCACAAACAAUGUGAAGGUCUUUUUUGUCAAAGAGGCAAUUUUGAUAAUAACAACAGCUACCAAUUUUGCAUUUUGAUAGCCAGACCGGCUGCUAUUUUGUCUGGGGGUGCACACCGGGUCUUGUGUGAUCGGGUUUUAUUUUUUAACUGAAAAAAAAAAAAAUUAUUAAAAAAUAGAAGAAAAAGGAAAAUUACUUGAGAUGCCAAAUACUGUCGAGAGAACCAUAUUCUCCCUCAUCCCCACACCCACCAGAGACGUGGACCCUUCUUUUUUACAGGCUUAGGAGUUGUGAAAGCCGAUCAGGGGCUUUCUCUCGAGCCCGCCGCCCGCGCCCCCGGACCCUUGGGCGUGGGAGAUUUCCUCCUCCCGCUGAUUUCUAAACAAACUUGCGGAGGGGGGUUAAGAAUCCCCCAGGAGCGCAGAGUCGUUUUUUUCUUUUUUCUUUUUUUUUUUUUUUUUUGGUGUUGUUUUUUUUUUUUUUUUUUUUUUUUAAAUUGUCAUCCUCGCCGGAUUUCAGCGGGCUGCCGGAGCCUUCACCUCCUAGCCCUCUGGCUCUGCUUUUGUCCUUUCCCCGCCGGCCAGCGCAGCCUCCCCCCCAGGCACUGAGGCCGCAGCGGAGCCCCCCCGGCCGCGGGGCGCCCGGCUCCUGCCCUUUUCUUUCCCACCCCGUCCCCGCCUGCCAAGGAAAGGCACAUGUUAAUACCACCCGGCGCGGUCAUCUUCUGCUACUGCUGCUGCGGGCUCCUCCGUCCGAGACAGAUGUUGCGAAACCAAGGCCUCCUCAAGUGCCGCUGCCGCAUGCUCUUCAAUGACCUGAAGGUCUUCCUCCUGCGGAGACCCCCCGCGCCGCCGCCGCCGCCCUCCCCGCCGCCGCCGCUCCCCAUGCCCGGCGGCGCAGAGGCGGCGGGGGGCGGCCCGGCGGGGGCCGCGCCGCCCGGGGGGCGCGGGGCCGGCUGGCGGGCGGCGGCGGGAGGCGGCGGCGGCGGCGGCGGCGGCGGCGGAGCGGGCAGCCCGGCCGCCGAGGAGUGGGGCAGCCCCGCCGGGGAGCCGCCCGCCUCCCUGCCCAGCAGCGCCUCCUCGGAUGACUUCGGCAAGGGCAAGGCCGAGGACCGCUACUCGCUGGGCAGCAGCGUCGACAGCGGCAUCCGCACCCCGCUCUGCAGGAUCUGCUUCCAGGGGCCCGAGCAGGGUGAGUUGCUGAGCCCGUGUCGAUGCGACGGAUCGGUGAAGUGCACACACCAGCCAUGUCUGAUCAAAUGGAUUAGUGAGAGAGGAUGCUGGAGCUGUGAGCUGUGUUACUACAAGUAUCACGUCAUUGCCAUAAGCACAAAGAACCCUCUGCAGUGGCAGGCCAUCUCUCUGACAGUCAUUGAGAAGGUUCAGAUAGCAGCGGCCAUCCUGGGUUCCCUCUUCCUCAUCGCCAGUAUCUCGUGGCUCAUCUGGUCGACCUUCAGUCCUUCAGCCAAAUGGCAGCGCCAGGACCUGCUCUUCCAGAUCUGCUAUGGAAUGUAUGGCUUCAUGGACAUUGUCUGUAUAGGUCUAAUAAUACACGAAGGGCCCUCGGUUUACCGGAUUUUUAAACGGUGGCAGGCGGUCAAUCAGCAGUGGAAAGUGCUGAACUAUGACAAAACAAAGGACAUGGAGGAACAAAAAACAGGGACCAGGACAAAUCAGCGCCCCUCCUCCCAAACCACCCACUCGUCCUCCACUGGUGGUACAGCCACUAACUCCGCUCCAGCCGACAGCGGGGCACGGGCUGCCGGCCAUGCCACAGGCACCCUCUCUGACCACCACUGUGCUUAUACCAUCCUGCAUAUACUCAGCCACCUGAGGCCUCACGAACAGAGGAGUCAGUCUAGUAGUAACAGAGAGCUCGUCAUGAGGGUCACGACGGUCUGAGCCGAGGAAUUCAGGAGGCCUUAACAUGAAGCGGAGGAGACAAAGAACUCAUAAAGCAGAGGAGCAUGGUGUGCCUUUUUCUUUCUCCUUCCUUUUAUUUUUUCUGUUUCUCUUUUUUUUUUUUUUUUUUUUUUUUUUUUUUUAUCUCCUCUCCUUUUCUUUUUCGGUAACUGCACAAGAUAUAAGAGGCGGCACCUGGCCAGCUGAGGAAAAAAGCAGGUGGAGGGAGAGCUGCACACUCAUGCUAAAGAGGUUAAUGUUUUCCAGCCAGUUUAAAAAAAAAAAAAAAAAAAGAAAAAAAAAGAAAAAAAAAACAACAACAACACAAAUCACAAAGAAAAAAAAAACAACAAAACAAGUGCAAUACAGACUACAAACUGAGUAGGCAGAGUUCUGGGGAAGCAGAGGAACAGACGGUUUAGCAUGUCUUACAAAUCUUAUUACCUGGAAUAGGUAACGCUCUGUACACACCCCCUGUACACACGCAUACACAUGCACGCAUGCGCGCACACACACACACACACACACACACACACACACAGUGUGAGAUUUAUAAAAACAAGGAAGGGAACGAAAUAUUUGGAGUAGUUUUAUUUUCCAGACUGUGAUUAACCAGGGCUAUGAGUUGUUUUGUUUCAUGAGUCACUCUGGAGCCUUGUUCAAUUUACCAUAGGAUACCUGAAGUGAUUUACAGAGAGAUUGAAUCAUCCCACCAAGAAAAUCUAACAAAACCCAGGCCUAUCCAAAUUUCACCAAAAAUCCUGUUUUUUCCAUAAAGUUCCUGACAAGGGGUUUGUGAGGGUGGAAUUGGGAGGGGGGAGGGCAGUUCAUGACCUUUAUUCAUGAAAGGCAAAUUUUGUACAAACGCUCUGCAGGUGUUUCAAGCACAAGUACUGGUGUGAUUUAUGACUUCAUAACCCCAAAUCCAGCAUCCAAAUCUUGCCACUCACACACAUCAUUUUCCAUGCAGACAUUCCAGGUUAAUUUCCUUCCAUUUUACUCCAAUCACAAGAAGCUGACCCAUCUCAGUGGGUUUCUGCUUCCUUGUUGAUUCAGACACUCAUGCGUUAGAGAUGUACAUCUUUUUUUUCAGUGUCUGUAUCCCUGCUGCUCGAUUUGCAACAGUCUGUCUCAGUCUUGUAGGCUGAGCCUUUCACAUCCAGUCUGUUAGUUUAUUACAGAGUCUAUUCCAUUCAAUCACUCAAGAGAGAGUUAGUCUGAAGAGGGAGCACAGUUGCUGAUCGAAUAUAUAACACUUUUAAUAAGUCUCCUUCUCUGGGAUAUAUCCUCGAAGGUACUGGUUGCUCUUCAGGAACAUUCUCUUUCAAUGCACAAUGGCUGAAUCAUUUGUGGAUAUUAAAGGGACACUGUCAAGUACUUUUUAAAUAGUUUUUAGGGUUUGGGGUUUUUUUACUCUCCAUUGUUUGUAAUAUUAUCUUACAAGCUUGAAAAUAAAAUUUCUUUCCCUACUGAUUUUGUCCUUUUCCAUUUGGGCACGUAUCGUUCUCUCCAUUCACCUCAUUCCUUUCACCAUCCUGGUCCUUCUUCUCCCCACCUUUCUUCUGCAAUAGGAGGAAAUCCAUGUUACUGAUUUCCUGCUGACUGUCCUCACUCUAUGGCAGGUAUGUCCCAGCUCUGCAGGACUGAGCUGUUUUCCCUAGUGCAACAGCUACAACAGAAGCGUAAGAGCAGGAACCCUAAGAAUAUGGAGAUUAACUAAUUGAGGAGCAACAGCUCAGCAUUCCCAAACCAGUGAACCCAUAGCAAUCAAGUCUGAACCCAGCUCCCCCCAAAAUUAAGCUAAAGACUUCAGCCAAACUGCAUCUGUUUAGCAGCAGUGCUGAGCAAUGUUGCACAAUGGUGGUGUCCAGCUGCCCUCCAUCGUUGCACCAGCACCUCCUGCAGCUUCUGUUGGAGCCAGGGCAAAUGUGGGCCACGAGCUCCUUUGGCAGGUAGGCCAUCAUGGGUCAGGUGUUUCUGGACUGGAGAAGGUGUCAAACUGCAGCCUCCGGCUUCAAACACACCAGCCAUUCUGCAACGUUGAAGAUGGAGGUUAACAGCUUAAGGAAGGUCAUACUUUUCACCCCGAUUACUUGACAGUGUCCCUUUGAAUAUCAGAAUGCAACAGAACAAGUACUUCUCUGGCAGAGAAUGUGGGAGGUGAAACACCAGCCCAGCUGACUUACUGAGGACUCAUGUGAAACAGCAUGGUUUCUGAGGCCACUGUACCUUUAUCUGACCAAUCUUACUAUCUACCAAAGAGUGCUUUUGGCAAAGGGGAGGGAAGGGAUGUUGGUAGGUGGAGGGAGAGGAAAGGGUCAAUUCUGAUCAUCUCUAAAAGCAGCUACCCCCAGAAUGAAGGUGUUGCAAUGAACGGUCUCUGAUAGAACCACUUCUGAUCCAAAGUAGAAAGAAAUCUGGCCAAAACAUGCAAACACAGCAGCCUCUUUCCCCCAUGCCUGUCCUGGAAGCUGUCCUCAUGCCAAGAGAUGAGUAAUUAUGGUGGUUUUGGGAAGGGGGAAGCAUAAACAAAGGGACAGCUGUCAGACAUGAUGUUGUUUCCCUCCCUGCCCUCCGCUCAUUUAAUAUGGAGAAGUCAAAUUCAUUUAAUUUGGCUAGUUGCUAAAAGUUUAUGAGGUCAGAAGCACAACUUGCCGUGAAAGAGUGGUGUGAUCUAGUACUCUGAGCACACAGGACUCUGCAUACUCUCACUCCAGCUCUGCCACCGACUCUGUAGCCUUGGGCUGUUUGGCUCAGUCCCCCCCUCCACGCAAAGGGGGAAUAACAAUACGUACCUACCUCACAGGGGUGUUGUGAGAAUCCACGUUGGUAAAGCCUGUUGAAGUGCUAAGUCUACCAUCGGUAGUCACGAGGCGUGUGGUGGGGGUGAGCAGCGCUGCCCUUUUGCUGGUUACAGUCCGAAUCACUCAGCGGGAGUCCCAUCGGCCCUCCCCUGCUUGGAGAUCCUCCUUGAUCCGAAGCGGAGGGUGUCGUCCGAGUGCCCUCUCCUCCAUUGCAUGACAUUUUAAGCGGCUGUGAGGUGCAGGGUAGUGACAGACAUGAAGUCCUACUUGACCAGGGAUUUGCUACAACGUUUUCUAUAUCUGUGGGGUUUGUUGGUUUGGUUUUUCCAUAUAUUGUGCUUAGAAAUAAACUUUCCACUUAGGGCUGGCGGUUCGGGGUCUCUUCUGUUGCAUGGCAAUGUAUACAAGUCUUAUUGUCUGUCUUACUGUGCAAACGAUCCUGCAGCCCAAUUUCAGAGAUGGGUAUGGUCUGAGCCUUUUCAUAGCGGCAUAAGACUCAAAAGCCUGUCUAGACUGUUUAAUAUUUAAACAACACUAUGAACUUGUCAAUUGUAUGUGUUCUGUGCAAUACGAAGCAUGUCAUUAGCUGGCUUGAUGGGCAGAGGGGCUAAAGGAAGGUCAAAACUUGUUCAAAAAGCUUCAUACAUGUGCCAGCAUGGAGCCAAAGGGCUGCCACCAGCAAAGCAAACUCGGGUAAGCCACUGGAAACUGUUUUCAGAACAGUUUACUCCAGGACAAGGUACUUCUGAGUUUAUGAACUUCUAGGCUGCCAGCCUGAGAGAACAAGUGCAAAUUUAGUGUGGGGUUUGGGGUUUUGGAUUUCCUUUUUUCUUUCCUCCCCAAAGUAUUGAUGGUAGAAAUACUGAUGAGGGUCUCUUGCUUCCAUAGCGCAGUUCUCUCGUCUCCCACAAUCUCCUUGUGCCAUCCCUUUUGUGCUACUAUGCAGGACUUUAAAAGGUGCAAAUGGAGACAGUACACUCCUGAGACAUGCAAAAUACAUUGUGUAUUGGGGGACUCUAGCAGACAGAAGAGAUGGGGCUACAGAAGGUAUCUCUUCUUCCCCACAUCUUUUCCCUAGUCUUGUCUGCUGGGUUCCUGAAGAGAAGUUCUCUGUAUUUUGUUACAAAGCAGUCAGAUCAGCUUCCACUGACGAACAAAGCUUGCAAAGUUUGGCAGCUGUUUCUCCCAGUGGAGAAAAUUCCAGGUCCCAUCACUGUGGAGACCCCUCAGUUCCUGGGCUUUGUGGUCCUCCAACACCAUUUAGGGGUGGUCAGUGUCGAGGACUGUGUUCAGUCAUCAUCAGAAGUCCUGUGUGUGUGUGGUCCUGCUCAUUCUUGUGAUUUCUGCUAGUGCCCUGAUUUUCCAUCAGUUUUGACAGGUCUUUCUGGUAAUGCUCUUCAGAGAUGUUUUGCUCUGUGUCAGUUGCCACAGCUCUUCUAUUCUUGCCAUCCAGUCUCUUGGUAAAUACCCACUGCCAAGUUCAGACCCUCUUACUCUGUGCCUGCAAUGGCUCAAGCACAUGCACUAACUCAAGGGUCAUCAGAGAACACAGGGACCAUUAAGAGUUUGUAUCAAGAAUCACACUCCUUAACCAUCAGACAGUCCUCUUUGAUAUAUAUUCACUUUGCCAAUCUCAGUGCCUGCUGUUAAUUGGUUGUCACAAAAGAAAUCAUAAUGUUAGCAGAACCUAUGUACACUUGGUUUCCGAUUUCAAAUGUCAGAAGUGAUGGACAGAUUUUCAAGUAAAUCAGGUGUGUUCCUUGUUGUGGUUUCCCAAGCAAAGUGCAGAAGAGGUCCAUGUCUACCCUACCAUGUUGGGCAUCCCCAGGAAAGACCAAGUCAGCAACACGGAUUUGAGUCAAGAGAGGCGUUGGCUGUCCACUAUAUUUUUACUUGGGGAGACAGGAAAAUACUACUCAUGCAUGUGAGGUCCUUUCUCAAAGCUCUUGUGUUUGACAGUGGUAAAAUGUCAAAGCCAAAGCCUGUAGAUGGAGGACAGUUCUGAAGACUUUCCAGUUCUGAAGACCAUCCCCUGCCCAUGUGUGGUGGUCAGUCAUUCAAGCAUCUUCUCUAUGUUUUCCUUAAGAGAAAAAAUAUUAUUUUGACUAAGCAAAAUACAGCUACUCUUCAGUGUAGGAGGAGGAUACACCAUUAGCACUUCCAACCUGUAGUUCAUUAACCAGGACUCCUGCACAAGGAGAUCCUUGUGAGAACACAUGGCCAGAAGACCUAUUCCUUCCUCUUGAUACUAUAUGUCAGUCAAGCACUUGGAGGGAAAUAAUCAGUGGUGCAAUUGCCUUAGUGACUACUGGCUGAGUAUCCUAACCUUCCCUCCACUAUCACCUCACCUGUGAUGGCUACUUCUCAUUCCUGAGCCAACAGAUGCCUCAUCCCCCUCUGCCCUCCCUAGACUCCAGCCCUGAAGAUCUCCUGAGCAGACAGACACAGGAUUCCUCACAGACUAGUUUUACAGUCUUCUACAUCCUUCAUGUAUCCAGACAGGAAAAUUAAUGUCAUUGAUAGGCAAUGACAUAUUUGAAUCCUAAGAGGAGAAACAGGUGUAGGAGCUUUUUUAGAUUGACCUUUAUCUCUUCUUCCAUGUUGAAGGAGAUAUAACAAAAGCAUCAGUUGGUUUCCAUAUGACAGCAAUGAGCUGAUGGCUCUAGGAAUAUUUCCCUCAAUAAUGCAAGUCUGACACACUGCAGUUACUGAAGGCAGUCUUUGAUCUCACAUCUAUCAUGUUGGAUACAAGGAGAACAGAAUCUGACACUUUUGUGCUGUUUACACAAACAUCAAAAACUAUCUUAGUUCAUUAUUCAAAUUACCUCCAGGUCAGUGGGUGAACUUCUCCUUUGAUGAAAGAAUAAUGUUUUCUCUUCCAGAACUGGAAUUGGAAGAUAAAAUAUAUGUACAUGUAUACAUGUAUAUUUUUAACUGUGAAAAGAAAAGGAAAAGAAAAG